AUGAUAUCUGGAGUCAGGAUGAGAGUACUUGAGGUGUUUCUCUUGGCAGUGCUGGGCUGCAGUCUGGCUGGUGGGAGACUUGUGUCCAAAUGUGAACUGAAGGACCAACUGAUGAUGGCGAUUGGUCAACUGAUGAUGAAGGCUGAAAAAGGAAAGGGUGUGGAGAACUUGGUAGCUAAGAUUGUCUGCCAUGUCGAGCUGGCGUCGGAUUUUAACACCAGUGAAGUGGAUCAGCUGAUUCCCGGGAUGGAAGCCCAUCACAGUAGGGAGAAGAGGGAAGCAGGCUAUGAGGGCUUGUUUGGCCUGGCCGAGCCUCAAGGCCCUUUAAUCACAAUUCGGCCCCACACUAGGGAGCGACGGGAUGUCAGACAUCCUCCAUCAAACACCUGGCCUACACCACCCACCAGUGCCACACCAUCCACCCGCCUUCCACAACCGGAUGAGGAGGUCUGGACGCUCUAUGGUCUUUUCCAGCUCAGCAGUCACCUGGUCUGCAGCAGCGACAUGACUCCAUCACCCAACAUCUGUGGGAUGGACUGCAACAACUUGAUUGAUGACGACAUAAGUGAUGACAUCAGCUGCGUGAUUACAAUCUUGAAACAGCUUAUUGAAAAAGGUUUCGGGGCUCCCCACUGGAAGGAACUGAGCAAAAUGAUCAGGCUCAUCUUCCAGAAAGAGUGCAGUGUUCAGGAUGCCUCUGAGUACUUUGCUGAGUGCUCUUAGUGCUGCAACUGUCACUUGAAGGAUUAUCCACCUCUCAACUGAGUGGCCAGUGAAUUAUGAUGAUAAUAAAGUGAACCAUGUUGCA